AUGGAUAACCUGACAAAGUAUCAUAGCCCAGUCUUACGUAAAAAGCAUUUUGAUGUGAGUGAAACAGCCCUCCUCCAAACGGAGGAGAACGUGAACGAUCCAUUUUGGAACCUAGAAACGUCUCGAGGAAUUCGGGCAACAAGCGUGCCAGUGAACUACGUUCCGGAGUCCCACGGUGAUGUCACCCGCCCCCUCCCCUACCUGAAGCAGCUGAAGGAGGACGCGGACCAUCCGGGCUUUCCCAGGUCAGCCAAACUAAGGGCGGACGUGGGCUGCGGCAGAAAGGCAGCAUCACUGCGCUGCUCCAUCCCGAGAAGCCCGCCGCAUCUCGACUGGAGACCUGCUGUCUUCUGGUCGCAGCUGCCAGCAUCUAACUGGUCUGGGGAGGAAGAAGAGCACGCGGCACGAAGGAAUGUAUUAACGGGCUUCAUCAUCACCUCUCGCUCUUUCCUUGGAGAGGCGACGUUUGGAAGGUUCCAUGGCAAAUGGCAAGUCGUGCACUUAACGAAAGGUGAUGAAGUGUGUCUGUCCAGCUUGUAUGGCCAGGAGAGCGAUCUCUCUAUGUACCAUGUGCAAAGGAAACUCUUUUCUUCUAGCAAUUAUGCGGAAAUGGAUCAUACAUCAUAUCUUACUUCUGGGGAAGCAGAAAAACUUUGUUCCAUUAUUCAGUCAUGUGAUUCAAGUUUUGUAAAAGAUCAUCUUGGAACAGAAUCAUCCAGCCAACUUGGAAAGCAUUUAUUAAAUGAAGCAAUAGACAGAUCAGAUAAACAUCCCCCAGAAAGCAAAGAGGUAGAAUCGCUGAAGGAGAACUGGAUCUCAUACAACAGAUUAAUGAAUAAACAUCGGACCAGGAUGAAAGAACUAUUGCCGUCCCUUAAAGUGAAACCCCAGGAUAGCUCCUUGGAAGAAAGCUUCAGCACAAGUGAAACAAAAUGGUUGUGUGAAGAUGCUAUGAAAGACAAAGUCGCUUUUCAGGAAAUGCUUCACGAAGCAGAGCUGGCAGUUGGCUUGGCAGAAAUGUUUUUGCCACCGUUUAAAGAAAGUCUCAUUAGAAUUACAGAAGCUUGUUAUAUUUCUGCUUCAGAUGAAAUAAUUUCUAUGCAAGAGGACUUACUGUUAAAGGAGCUAGAAGCUAUCCUAAAAAUGAAGGUAUUGUUGAGGUGGCUACUAAGGUCAAGCAAAGAAAAUGAAAUUAUCAGUAAACAGACAGAAGGUUUGGAUCAGACCUUAUCAGAAAGUGAAAUGGAUGUUGAAAGCCUCAGAAAUGAAGUGAUUCAAAAAGAGAAGCAUAUUUUAGAGCUUUCAACUCAGCUUCAGCAAGAAAAAGCUAAUCUACAAAAAGCAUCACGCCAUUCUGAAGCAAUACAAGCAGUGCAAACUCAUCUGCAGUGUCAGAUAGAGAGAAAGGAAGCUGAAAAUAAUCAACUGAGAGCAAAAUUUCAGACAAUAGAGAAGAAUAUUGCUCAAUGGAAGAUACAAGUUGGUGAAUAUAAGCAGCAAAUUUUGGCCGAAAAGGAAAGAAAAGUGGAAAGGAGGAAUGCCCUGAAAAGAGCAGCUGUUGUUCAGAAACAAAGAGCUGAACGCAUGAAAGUGGCUGUCGAAAACUUAAUUUCCAAAAUUAAGGAGAAGGAAAUCCAAUUGUCUGAGGCAUUUUCAGCUUCUAAUAUCUGGAAAAGUCAUCAUGAGAUAGUAAUAGAGGAAAAAAUCAGGUUUGAGGUCCAGGUUGAAAGUCUGAAAAAGCAGACCAUGGACCUUGUAAUGGAUCUGAAUAGAAUACAAGAGGAUGGAAGAAAGUCAUCAAACAAGAUUAUCCAAAAGCUUAAUUUUAUUGCUUCUGAAAAUAAGAAGAUUUCUAUAGAAAAUUCAAAACUAAAGGCAUCCCUUGCCGUUUUGGAAGUAAAUUUUAUUUCUGCAGAAGCUGAACUUGUAAAUUUACAUGAACGAGUACAUCAGCAGGAAGCACUGGUUGAGCAAUAUAAAACUGAGGUGACAAAAUUAGAAAUGGAAGCUGAGGAACUGAGAACAAGGUAUGAAAAGGUCAUGCACGACAGCAGAACUAUAACAGGAGGCAGAGAUUUAGAAACGGAUGUGAUGAGGAGCCAAAUGGAGGCUCACCAGAAGGAGGUAGAACAUGCCCAUGAUUUGCAGAAAGCAGCUGAAGAGAAACUGCAGAACGAUCAGGAAAGGCUCCUCUCCUGCCAAAAGAGCUGCGUAGAAAAAUCCAAAGCCAUUAGGGAGCUGCAGGCUCAGAUAGGUGAUAGUAAUGGAUUUUUGAAACAGCUUUCUUUGGAGGAGGAAAAUUACAACAUUCAGUUAAAAUACGAAGAAAUUAAAAGAAAAUUAGAAGAAAUGGAAUUGCAAAACAAAGAACUUGAAAAUCAAUUGGUGAAUCAAGAAGAUAGCCUUCAGAAAACUGAACUGCAGUUCAAACAGAAACUUGCAGAGUAUGAUGCUUUAACGAGACAACUAGAAGCUGCUUUGGAAAAUGGAAGGAAACAGUUAGCAGAGGAACUGGAAAAAAUUACUUCUAAGGAACAAUCCUUUCAGUUGAAAAUAUUGGAUGUAGAAAAUGAAUUAAGAGAGAAGAAAAAAGAAAAGAAAGAGCUAUCCAAAAGACUAGACUGUCGAGAGAAACAUCAUGAAGUAUCUUUGAAGGAACUAGAACACACUCUUCAAAGAUCAGAAAACCAGAACCAGAGUAUCCAAAACUAUGUGAAGUUUCUGAAGGCCUCCUAUGUAACAAUGUUUGGCUGAACUCCCUUGUUUCUUUCAAAAACUAAAGAAUAUUUUGGAACAGAUCU